AUGAUUAAACGCCUUGAGAGCAUCGAGGAGCAGAUCUCUUGCCUAAAGGCUGAUCUUCUUCAGAGUCAUGUAAAAAAUGUCGGAACAGCAGCAGCACAUGCAAGUCCGGAAUCAACCGCAUCAUUCAGCCUUCGCGACAAGCCUUCUGUGCCGGCAAAAUCAUCAGGGAAGCACUUUGUCGAAGACGCCACUGGCGCGACAAUCUUUCUGGGUAGCCACUCGGAUAUUCCUGCUGCUCUAGGAUGCCGGCAGGCAUCUCGCGACGCGCCGAUGCCUGAUGCUUUUGUGUUGGAUCAGCUCGUGCCGCGUACUUAUCCCUUCACUAGCCUGUGGGGGCCUGAGGCGGGCGCUGGAGAGGUUUCUAUGACAUUGCCUGAUGAUUCAGAUAUAAUCAGGUAUUGGCAAGUUUAUAAGAACUGCGCAUACCCAUUCUAUCCAGGUCUCGUCACAAUCGAACAAUUCGAAACCUCGCUAUUCAAGUUUCUAGAUCGUCGUGCUGAACUGGAUCGUUCGAAUGAAUUGUCCUCACUGGACGAAAUUGAUUCCUCCUGGCUGGCUCUCUUGUUUGCCGUGCUCGCCGGGGGUGUGCAAUUCUCAGAAGAUCCAAUUAAAGAACGUGAUCUACGAUCCAAAGUCUUUGUCUGUUCAUCUUUUCAAUGUCUACGGAUCUCGAACUUUUUCAACAAUACCAAUUUGAAUCAAAUUCAGGCCAUGGCUUUGAUUGGCCAUUGCUUGCGGAAUAAUUUGGACACCAAUAGCGCUUGGAUUCUAAUGGGUGCGACCAUGCGUCUCGCGCAGAGCAUUGGGCUCCAUGAGGAAGCUGUCUUGCCUGAAUCUUCUAGUUCCGUCAUAGAUAGGUGGAUGCUUCUAUGGCAAGACACGUUUCUCUCUUUCACAUACGACAGGCCACCCAGCACAAUCAACCACAGCAGUACUAUUCCCCACAGGGCAGAUUCGGGACCGGAGAAGUCAUUUGCCGAAUGUAUCUUCACUCUUUGUCAAGUCCUACUUGACCGUGCUCGCAACUACGACACUGAGAUAGUGUCUUCAACACUCACCUACAAACGCCGCGUCGAAGCCGUUUGGGAUGAUGCUGCUCCGUUUCUUCGCAGCAAGUCCCGAUGCCGCACGCUACAAGAUCACCUUGAAUACCUGGGCCUCCGAAUUCAUGUCAACUAUGGCAUUUGCCGCCUCUGCAGACUCAUUCUGGACACAACUUCUACUACGAACCCCACACUUGUCGACCUUGAUUCAUUGCAAAAGGAUUGUUGUAAUCGUGCCACCGAAGCAAUCGAGAGUUUCCUCGAUAUGCACCGCCUGUCAGCGACUGUAUGUCGCUCUUGGGCAUUUGUGCAUAAUGCGGUGAGUUGUGCGUUUACAUUGCAGAAUAUAGACGCCAGGGCGUCCGAGGCACAUUCUGCAGAGCUGGUGAAAAGACUGGUCACCGUAUUGGGGCAUGAAGAGCGCAUGUCGUCGUGGCAAGAUGCUGACACAAAUAUUCGGUCCUUUGGUCCUUAUUCCAGAGCAUUGAAAGCAUUGAAAGAGAGUAUCUCGAAUGGUUCAAGUGAUAUGUACUGA